AUGGCCGAUUCCUGCGGGUCACUUUUCGACUACGAAGUCAAACUCGAGAUCGGUACUGCAGGAACCUACUUCUACCAUUCCCAUGUCGGCUUCCAGGCGGUCACUGCAAAGGGCCCGCUUAUCGUGGAUUCGAAUGACGACCCACCGUUUCGGUACCAUCAAGAGCGUACAAUCAUGCUAUCUGACUUCUUCAACGAGACUGACAAGAAGAUUAUCGAUGGAUUGACUUCAAGUCCUUUCAAAUGGAGUGGAGAGACCAGCGCUAUCCUAGUAAAUGGACAAAGCCAUCAGGCAACCAACAGCACAGGCUCAUGCCAGUUGGCUUCGAUCUGCAUUGAACCGGGUUUGUCGUAUCGUUUGAGGUUUAUCGGGGCUACUGCUCUGUCAUUCCUUUCGCUUUCUAUCGAGAGUCACGACUUGUCAAUUGUCGAAGCAGAUGGACAUUAUACCAAGCCGCUCAACACCAGUUUCUUGCAAAUCGGAAGUGGCCAGAGAUACAGUGUACUCCUCAAAGCCAAAAUUAAAAUCGACGUCCAUCAGAAUGUCAGUGACCAUGUUAUAUGGCUGCAGAAUGGAUAUGACUGGGUGCAAAGCUUCCCUCAGUCGCCAUACCUGGUCGAUAUUUACACGGGGAUGCUUGAUACGGAUGGGGUAUAUCGAAGAGCAAUUAGCCAAGGUCAUGGGUUCGACAACAUUACGCGUACCUUCCCUGCUCAGAUUGGAGAAGUCCUUGAAAUCGUCUGGCAAAACCAAGGAACCUUCUCGAACGGAGGCUUAGAUGCUCGCCCAUUUCAUGCGCACGGCAGACACUUCUACGACAUCGGUGGAGGAGAUGGGGAAUACAACGCUACCGCAAACGAAGAGCGACUCAAAUCCUCUGGCCCAGUCCAACGCGAUACCUCCAUGCUGUACCGGUACCGCGAGAAAACAACGCCUCUCGCCCCUUCUGGGUGGCGUGCUUGGCGGGUCAGAGUGACUGAGGCUGGUGUGUGGAUGUUCCACUGCCAUGUCCUUCAACAUAUGGUCAUGGGUAUGCAGACUGUUUUCAUAUUUGGGAAUCGAAAUGAUGUUAUGGCGCAAUCUGAUCCUGUCGAUGCUGGGUAUCUAACGUACGGUGGCUCGGCAUAUGGAAACACAACACAUUCUCCUGUCGUGCGGCAUUAUUUUGAUUGA